AUGCCUCCAAAAUCAACCUCUGCGCAACAGCCAACAGCGGCAAACGCGGUACAGACACUCUGGAAAGCCUACAAUGACAACACGUCCAACCGCCUCAAGUACAUCGACUCGUUCUUGUUCUUCCUGAUGCUUUCUGGGAUUGUGCAAUUCGUAUAUUGCAUACUGGUUAGCAACUUCCCGUACAAUGCGUUCUUGGCUGGGUUCGCAAGCACAGUCGGACAAUUCGUCCUCACGGCCUCACUACGCUCACAAGUCAACCCCGAUAACAGGGACGAGUUCAAAGAGGUAUCUCCAGAACGCAAGCUCAACAGAGCAUGGGCGCCCAAAUCUCCUGCGAACAACGCGAUUGCUCAUAUCUUGCCUGACUCAACUCACAGUCAGGCAGCAUCGUGGCCCAGUUGGCAACAGAGUCAAAACGCGGGGCACGCACUUUGCGUUGAUACUACUUUCCUGCCACCGCACUCGUACUCUCGGCCCCUUCACAUCCUACGCGCUUUGCCCUCCUUGGCCACAGACACAAUGACGUCCAGGCCACCGUCGCCUCCAUUUGGGAAGGGCUACUUUUCUGCGCCAUUCGAGCGCUUUGUGCGCGACGACACUUUUGACCAGCUCACUAGCGCUUUCACGCUUCUCGACACUGUCGAGACAUACUUUGACUCCCAUGUUGACCUUCUUCAACGGAAGCUGCAGAAACACAGCGACAGGCUGAAGAUGAAGGCGGAGGAGACGUUUAAGAUCAAGGAUUUGAAGAUUAAGGACUUGAAGAUCAAAGACCUCUCGGGAGACCUGCUGGCGGAGAACCUGGAGCGGGAGAUUAAGAGUUUCAAGCUCAAGCUCUCGACGCGCAUGGCGUCACUCAAUGCGUCGUGGCAGUCCGCCAAAGUUGUCAGGACGCGUGAAAAGGUGUCUUUCUUCUUCGGUGUUAUGAGCUUGCUCAUAUCUGCCCUUAUGUUCGGCAUUGCUCCUCAAUGGGUGCAUGUCGCUUAUACUGUCCAAGGACUCUACCUCCUUCCUUUGCGUUACUACACCUACAAGAAACGCGCGUGGCAUUACUUCCUCUUCGACCUAUGCUACUACGUGACGAUCCUCAAUUUCGUGUACUUCUGGAUAUUCCCCUCGAACGCUGCGCUGUUCGUAGCUUGCUAUGCUCUCUCGCAUGGAUCACUAGCAAGUGCUGUGAUAACGUGGCGAAAUAGUCUUGUGUUCCACGACCAGGAUAAGGUUACAUCGUUGUUCAUCCACAUCUAUGCGCCGUUCUCCUUCACCGUCAUUAGACACUUCUAUCCUAAUGCCGAAGAACGCUUCCCGGCCCUCGCUGCAGUUUCUGAACUUAAUCCUUGGAAAGCACUGGCAUUGAGCGGCGGCAUCUACGCUAUCUGGCAGUUGUUGUAUUGGAAGUUUCUUCUCGUCGACCGUCGCGCAAAGAUAGAAUCUGGCCAACGCACAACAUCGUUCUCGUUCCUCCUGAACGACAAACGUGGAGCAAUCGGUCGCAUGCUCUCUGCUGUUCCUCCGCAAUUUCGCGAAGCUUCCUUCAUGGGCGGACAAUUCGUGUACGCCAUUCUCACGGAAAUACCUGCUGUAUUCCUGCUCUAUCGGAGCUCGCUCUGGAGCGCUAUUUUCCUUCUAGUGAUCUUUGCUGUUAGCGUGUGGAAUGGCGGAGGGUUCUAUAUUGAGGUCUUUGGGAGAAAGUUCGAGCGCGAAUUGGAGGCACUUCGGAAAGAGAUUGCGGAGGCCGGCGCCCGGUCCUCGGCGACCUCUGGCACAUCUACACCUGGCACCAUCAGUCGAGGUGCCAGCAUGAGCGACCUGACGGAAAUCAUGCGCGACCCGUCAUCCUCGUCCUCGUCCUCCGGGUCAAGCCCAGACAUUACACCGGCGGGCCUACCUGAAGCCAAGAAGGACCAAUGA